UGGAGCACUUUAAAACCCUAGAGUUAUUUGUAGGAAACUCUGCCUUGGGUUGUGUUAAAUCAUUUGGGGGAAAGUUGCAGCAUAUUUUGGUUUCUGUGUAGUCAAGUAAGUUUUUUUUUUUAAUAAACAGACCUAAUUUGGCAACCCUACACACACCCCAAUGCGCUCGGCCGCACUGUAAGGCGCAGGAGUGUGGAGUUUAGAGACCCGUGCUGCUGGAGCUAAAUAAAGUCGGCGUGGGAGGAGGCGGUGGGAGGAUCAUGUUGAUGCUUGAACACUUUCCAAACUCCAGCACUUUCACUCCGCCAUGUAUGUGUCUGUGAGCGGCUCUGGCAGGAUCACGCACUGAUGUAGAGGAGAGCGCGCGAACGCCACUCCACUCCACUCCACUCCACGCCACGCCGCACGCGCAGAGCGAUGAACCUGGACCGGAACUGUAACGUGGUGCAGAGUGUGGUGGGAUCCCGCAGCUGCGCGCUGUUCCGCGGCCACUGGCAGCCCACGCUCACCUACUGGAGCGCCUUCUUCAGCUUCGGCCUGUGCCUGGCCCUGCUCGGCCCCACCGUGCUCGACCUGCGCUGCCAGACGCGCUCCAGUCUGCAGCAGGUCACACUCGCCUUCUUCUCGCAGCAGCUCUGCCUGUUCGUGGGAAGCGUCGUGGGCGGUUUCUUCAGCAAGUCACUUUGUUCCUCUUUGUCGUCCCUCACUGCAUCCACAUUCAUCAUCUCCCUGGUGUUCGCCUUCAUCCCACUAUGCAGCAAUCUGUUGAUGCUGGUAGUUGCGAUGGCUGUAACGGGCCUGGCCAUGGGCAUCAUCGAUACCAUCUCCAACCUGCAGCUGGUGAAGCUCUACCAGAAAGACUCCACUGUCUUCCUCCAGGUGCUCCACUUCUUCAUUGGUCUUGGGGCGUUGUUGAGCCCCCUCAUCGCUGACCCGUUUCUGUCUGAAACCGACUGCAUCUUGGGAAACGCCUCCAUCAAUUCAUCGUCAACAAUGAGACACUUGAGGAACAGCCUUUCUGGCAGACACCUGCAUAACGUGUCCCACAUUUCUCUCAAUACUGACGGUGAAGUGGUCACCAAAGUGUCUUACGCCUUCUGGAUCAUGGCGUUCGUCAAUCUUCCUGUGCCUAUGGCCGUUUUGAUUCUGAUGUAUCGGGAGCAGAUGCUCCCAUGUUGCCCCAAGCCCAGUCCUCGUCUUUUGGGAGGCGAGUCACUUACCGGUGCUGUGAAGAUGCGGAGGAGCUCGGAGCAGGCUAACGUGAGUACGACGGAGCUUCAUGAACCUACAGGCCACAUAGAUAUGCUAAGCUGCUAUAGCCUCAGCAAGCUGAAAGGACAUCCACCAUCUUUCUACGGGCUCCAUGUCUUCGGAGGGAUGGUGCUUUUCUUCUCUGAUGGCAUAGUGGGGUCAUACACGGGUUUUGUUUACACCUAUGCCGUGGCUCCACCCAUGAGUCUACCGCACAAGAUGGCGGGCUACCUGACCAGUGUGUUCUGGGCAGCCAUCACAGUGGGGCGUCUGGCCUCCAUACCGCUGUCUUACCACGUCAAACCCGUUCGCCUGCUCACGUUUAACCAGGUUGGCGUGAUAGUGACUCAGUUGCUUCUGCUCAUCCUCUACACGAACAGUGCCUUCCUUUUCAUCGGUACCUGCUUUCUGGGUCUGUUUAUCAGCAGUGUCUACCCAUGUAUGCUGGCUUUCACAGAAGACCUCCUUGACUACAAAGGUUGUGCCACUGCAGUCCUUGUGACCUCUGCUGGAAUGGGAGAGAUGCUUCUACAGUUACUGGUGGGAUCGGUGAUCAACACACACGGCAGUUACAGCUUCAUGUUGUGUGGUAUGAUCUUUGGCUGCAUGGGCUUCACAUUCUUCCUGGCACUUCUUUUAGUUCAACACAGACACAAAAAGUACUUAGCAGCUGCUCCCAAUGCCAUCCCUGAAGCAGAAAGGUCUGGGACUAACGAAGCUGAACACUGAGUGCCUGGUGGCGCUUCGGAGUCGGACCAAAGAUGGAACAAACAGACCAAGAUGGUCUCCGUCUGAGACCGUUCCGUAGGAGGGAAGGGGGCAAGACUGGAUCGUAGUCACUGGUUUGAGACAAUCCUCAAAUCCUGAGAAGUGUUGGACCUUUUAUAGAACUGUAGUUACAUAAAGACCAAAGAUGAUUUGUUGUUGAUUUGUGUGCAUAAAGCAGGCAGAUGUGCCUGGGGAAAUAGGGGCUUUCGCUUCCAGAUCUUGCUGUCGUUGCCAAUAAGGGAAGAAAAACCUACCACUUUCCUCCUGUUUGGACAUGUUUGGUAUGUCAGUUGGGCUAAGACUUGUUAAAAGCUUAUUUUGAGUAUUCUGGAAAGCUAAAUUUAUACCAUCACAGUUUGCUUGUGAUGUUUGCAACUGAUUUCUGAAGCUGUAAAUAAUUAAACAGUGCAAAUGAACAAAUAGAACACUUUCAAUCUAGUUUAGUUAUAAAUCUCACAUUAACAAAUGAUGCACUUUUUAUUUGGGGGGAGGGGGGAAUUAUAAUUUUUGUGGUUAAGAUGGCAUUCAUUAAUUAUUGCUUGGGGGGGAGGAAAAAGUUAAAUGGAUUAUAAUGUCCAAGAUGUAGGAAAAUCCAGCAAUGCAGUGAUUAAACUUGGAUCAGAUGUA